UUUUGCAUUUCUUUUGCACAAAAGACAUUCCAACCCCAACUGCUGACUGACAAGACUCUCUCUCUCUCCACUGCUUCUUAAUCCUCUUAUCUUUCCCCAAAGCUUUUGGUUGUAUCCUUAGAACCAAACACAUUUCAAAAAAAAAAAGGUGAGAGAGAAAAUUUCAGAUCCUUAUUAUUAGACUUCCAACCAAUCCUUUUGAGUUAUGGACUCCAAUCAUCUCCAACACAUCACCAGCGUAGACAAAGCUUCUGUAGACAAGAAGCAGCAUGAAGAUGGGAAGAAGCUGUUAAAACAACUUCAUCAUCAAGGUAACAAAGAAAGCCAAAGCCAAAGCCAAAGCCAACCAGUUUCAUUUUCCCCUGCCUCACCACCUUCAGCUUCUUCCUCUCCUUCUCAUGAAUUCUCUUUCACAAUCUCCCUCCACCACUCUUCCUCCAACAUCAACACCACUACCACCACAACUACCCCAGCUGACAAAGCAACCAAUAGUAAUAAACCUCCACCUUCACUCGCCAUCGAUUUAUCUCCCGCCGACGACAUUUUCUUCCAUGGCCAUUUGCUUCCUCUCCACCUUCUCUCUCACCUCCCUGUCUCUCCUCGCACCUCUACCAAUUCCAUGGACAGCUUCACCCUCCCCGUCAAAGACUUAUCAGACAAUCAAAAACCAACCAAAGAAAGCAACAUCAAUUGCAACACCACCACCUCCACCAUCAGCCAUAAUAAUAGCAACAAGAAGAUCAGCAACAGCAAAAAAAGCCAAAUCAGCAGCAAUAAGAAUAUUAAUAAUAGUGAUGAGACGAUGAACGGGGGAAGAAGCAAUAAGUGCAAGUCUUCAUUUUCAUUGCUGGGUUUUACAAGAUGGCGAAAAGGGUGUGAAGAGGUGAGAGAGAUUGGAGAAGAUAAGGAAGAGAAGCAAAAGAGGAAGCUAUUAAGGUUCGACCUGAGCCAAGUGGUAAAGAGGUAUAUGAGAAUGGUCCAGCCUCUUUUGUUCUUCAAAGGGAGGAGAGACAAUAUGCGAUUAAAUAGACAGGCUUAUUCAUUUUCAGGUAAUUUAGCUGUGAGGAAUAAUAAACCGGCUGAUUUGAGAGGAAGGAGAGGUGAGUUUUCAGCACCUGCUUCGAUGAGGACGUCGCCGUCUAAUAGUGGCCUCCUUGUUGCCACUGCAACUCUUCCUUCUUCUACAAGUGACAGCACCAUGGAAGAGUUGCAGGCUGCAAUUCAAGCUGCCAUUGCUCAUUGCAAGAAUUCCAUUGCUUCAGAUGACAAACUCAAAUGCUGAGUGUGUGUUCAACCAAAUUCAAACCUAUCAUAAUUAAUUUUGUAUAUUUUUGUAAUCUUUUUGUUUUUCCUUAUCAAAUGCAUAUAUAGUAUUAUAUUGUAUUUUCCGUGUAUAGAGAAUUCUUAUAUAUAUUAUUAUGAAAAUUUUUUAUUAA